UUUUUUUUUUGUUCGGGCCUAGAUUCCCAUGUUAUCAUAGAACAAAGGAAGAAACCGAAGCGACGAUCGCCGCAGCUUUCACAGUCAGACGAAUUUCUAAAGGAUUCAACGACGGAGAGUAUGAUGGAAGUGGCCCUUCACUCAUACGCAAAACCGGCCAGGUCAGAACCAAACUCUACCAGGACGGCACUCCCUACUCGUCCCACCGUUUCUAGAGAAAGCACUCAACCGUCCGAAACUAUGUCCAUUCGAAUCGCCUCCUCUGUUGGUUCGAGGAGUCCUGCGGCUCAAAGUCAGAGUGACUUUUCGGAGGCACCCAGCCCGUCGAUACAGGGAUCCGAGCGAGUCAACUCAAAAAGUCCUUCUCCAUUUGAUCCUGUGCAUCAAGAGAAUUGGGCAACUACGAAAUCAAAUUCCACGUCUAACCAGGGCGGACAGGUGUGCAGUAAUUGUGGUACUACGAGAACGCCAUUAUGGAGGCGUUCGCCCCAGGGUGCUACAAUUUGUAACGCAUGUGGACUUUAUCUGAAGGCGCGCAAUUCGUCGCGCCCAACGAAUCUAAAACGGCCGCCAUCGACAGUAUCUACUGCUCCGAAAAGGACACCCGAGAGGACUUCUUCUAGCUCAUGUUCUCAAGGCAACUCCGCAAAUAUUCCCGGGGCCACAUACGUCGCUGCGGAUCAAAUGCCUAAUGGAUCAUGUCCAGGUGGGGGACGAUGCAAUGGUACCGGCGGCGCAGAGGGAUGUAGUGGCUGCCCGGCGUAUAAUAACCGAGUAGCGAAGAGUGCUCAGCUCCAGAACCAAAAUCGGGCAUCUGGCAAUGCAAGCGGGCCCCCUCCAGACGAUGGGCCAACUCCGAUAGACAUAAAUGCGCAGCAAGCCGCGGCUCAGAAUACGACCGUGGUAAUAGCCUGCCAAAAUUGUGGUACUACAAUAACUCCGUUGUGGCGUCGUGAUGAAUCAGGUCAUACCAUAUGCAAUGCCUGCGGGUUAUAUUACAAACUUCACGGAGUUCACCGGCCAGUUACUAUGAAGAAAUCUGUUAUUAAGAGGAGAAAGCGUGUAAUACCAGCGAAUCAAAUGGACAGUGGGUCGGAGGAUGCAAUGACGAUUGAUUCUAUUGAACAGCAGAGCCAGUAUACCGAACUCGAGAUGGAGCGUGGCAGCGUCAACGAGGACGGGUCUAUUAAUCUCGGUUUACGUCGAAAGACCGAACAUCCACUCACAUUACUCCCUGAUCCGGUCCGGUCCGGUCCCGCGUCGGCUCCGAUAUCCUCGAACGAUCUCACAGCGUAUCACACUACUAAUGCACCUCCUCAUCAAUUCGAUAUUCGGGAUUCUCUCACUGAUGACAAUCGACUAGCCCCGUUGAAAUCACUCGCGGCAUUGAGUGAUCGUCAGUCGUCUCUAUCCCCCGCGUCGUUCCUCUCGCCGUCGAGGAAACGCUCCUUCUCGGGGACUGAUUCGGAAUAUGCGUCGAGCGAACCCGGAUAUGAUAGCUGCAAAAGGUUAUCAUCUAUCAAGUCUCUUCUUAACCCGGCGUCGGAAUUGAAUCCUAACCUUUACCCGGCCGAUAACCCUGCCGAGGCGCUGCGUCUUCGAUCACCGGCUACUACAAUCAUGUCAGCACCAAGCCCCAGCCCGCAGGGGAUGAUGUCGAACGUAUUGCCCGCGAUCCAAUCUAGAGAAAGCACGGCCGAGGAUGAGAAAUCGAAGGCUGAUAGACUAGCGGCGCUUCAACAAGAAGCUGAACGAAUACGUCAGAUGCUCGCGGCGAAAGAACGUGAGAUGGCCGCGCUGCAGAAGUAGGGAGCAUUCUUUGCUAUCUGAAUUUGCGUUGAUUUCUUUUAUUUUGAUGACCAAAAUUACGACUGGGAGCUACGGGAGUUAAUCUAAGGGAACAAAGCGAAAACGCAAAAGGACGAGUCAAACACUACGGGGCGUCACAGGGUCGAGUUCUUCAUCAGCGGCCUUUGCUUUUCGGCAGCAUAGCAUAUGUGCUCGGCGUAUCGUGAGCUCGCAAAAUACAUGCGAGGGUUAGGAGGCAUGAU